CGCGUCCAGGCAAUUGCAGCAUGUCCAAGAAGAGAAUAUCCUACUACUAUGACCCCGAAGUCGGGUCAUAUACCUACGGCCUUGGCCAUCUCAUGAAACCACAUCGGAUACGCAUGGCCCAUGAGCUCAUAACCGCCUAUGGCAUGCUCGAAAAGAUGAGCGUAUUGCGUGCAAAACGCGCUUCUGCAGAGUCCAUGACCGCCUUUCACACCGACGAGUACAUCCACUUCCUCAGCAGAGUCACCCCGGAAACCGCGGACGAGCUCACCUAUAACGGGACAAGAUUCCUCCUUGGGGAUGAUAAUCCACCGUUUGAUGGAGUCUUCGAAUACAGCUCUAUAUCUGCUGGAGGCUCACUAGCCGCUGCGAGACGGAUACAGGACGGUGCUGCAGAUAUCGCCAUAAAUUGGGCAGGUGGUCUUCACCAUGCCAAGAAGCGAGAGGCAUCCGGCUUCUGUUACAUCAACGACAUUGUGCUCUGCAUCCUCGAGCUGCUGAGGACGUACGCCCGCGUGCUGUACAUCGACGUCGACUGCCACCACGGGGAUGGCGUGGAAGAGGCGUUUUACACCACGGAUAGGGUGAUGACCUGCUCGCUGCACAAGUUUGGAGAGUUCUUCCCCGGGACAGGUACGCUGGACGACAAGGGGUAUGGUAAAGGAAAGGGUUACUCAGUGAAUGUGCCUCUGAAGGAUGGUAUACGGGAUGAUUCGUACAAGAGCGUGUUUGAGCCGGUCAUAGGCAAAAUCCUGGAAGUCUUCAGACCAUCCGCGGUUGUCUUGCAAUUAGGCGCGGAUUCGCUCGCGGGCGACAAGCUCGGAUGCUUUAACCUCACUAUGCACGGUCACGCGAAUUGCGUCACCUUCCUACGCAACGCGGGCCUGCCGCUCGUUCUGCUCGGCGGGGGCGGGUACACGACGAAAAACGUGGCGCGCGCGUGGACGUACGAGACGGGCGUCGCGCUGAACAUGGAGCAGGAGCUGGACGACAAUCUGCCGUGGUGCUCGCACUUUGAGUGGUACGGCCCGCGGUACAAGCUCGAGGUGCAGGCGAACAAUAUGGACGAUAUCAACGUCAAGGAUGGCUCGCUCGACCGGGUGAGGAUAUCGGCGCUGCAGCAGCUGAGCGAGCUAGGGUCGAGGAACGCGCCGUCGGUUGGGAUGCAUGACGUGCCGAGACAGAGCGUCGGGAGUCAUCUGGGCUUGGGUGACUACGAUGUGGAUGUCGAGUCGGACGGUGAUAUGGACGACUUGGACAGGAAGUUGGCGCAGCAUGCGCGGUACGUGUACAGGCUACAAGAGUCGGACGCGAACCAGAACUCGGACGAGUCGGACGAGGACUCGGACACAUCUUACAGCUCGCGGCGGAAACGCAUGAGCAUCCUGACUAACCGGUACUUUGACGCGAGUGCUGAACGGGACCCAUGUGGGCAAAACCCGUCGCGGCGCAAGUUCUUCAAGAGUCGGGCACACUGGGACCCCACUUUCGGGCAGGUGACUGUGAACGACCGGUCAUUGUUUGCGACAGACAAGUCGUUGUCAACUACGAUGGAGAAUGGAGGAUCGACGUCGGGCUAUGCGGAUGCCAUGGACGAGGAUCAGGAUUGA